UGUUGGUUAGUUUUCCCGCGCUAAAGAGAAAGAUCCUUCCUUGAUAGGGUUUCCACAAAAAGAGGCCCAAAUUAAAAAAAAAAAAAAGAAAAAAGACAAGAGAGGGAAAAUUUUAGGGUUCUUCUUGUUAUUAACAAAAAUAUUAAAAGAAAAAGAAAAGAAAAUUGCUUUUUUCUUUCUCACUGGUUUUUCUUCUUCUUGAUCCGUUAAAUCGCUGUGUUGGGGGGGAAGGAUUUGAAGCUAGGGUUUUCGCUUUACUGGAUCUGUAGAUCCGAGAUCGAACCGAAUUUCAAGCCCAAAUUCUAGGGAAUUAGAGUCUUUAAGUUUUGAAAAUGGAUAAUUUUGAGAACAGCUGCUAGGGUUAUUUGAAGAAAUAUGGAAGAAAUGAAGCCUUCAGUUACAACUUCAAACAGCACGGAUGGUGAUGCCAUUGAAGCUAGAUUCACUGCUUUGUGCAAGAAUGGGUUAUCAUUGGAUGAGAAAACUUGCACCGAAGCGAUGAAGAUAUUCAAAGAAACCAAACACCUUUUAGCAUCAAAUGUUUCGGCAAUUGGGAGCGGGAAGCUCGAAGAAGCAGAACGAUUUUGGUUUUCAUUUGUUUUGUAUUCGCUGAAGCGGCUAAGUAAAAGGAGUGGAGAAAAUUUGCAGCAAGGGUCGGAUGAAAGUGGGCUUACAUUAUGCAAGAUAUUGAGAGCUGCAAAGCUAAAUAUUGUGGAUUUCUUCAAAGAGUUGCCCCAGUUUGUGGUAAAAGCUGGUCCUGUUUUAAGUAACAUGUAUGGUGAAGAUUGGGAGAGUAGACUUGAGGCAAAGGAGAUGCAGGCCAAUUUUGUGCACUUAAGCCUUCUGAGCAAGUCAUACAAGCGUGCAUUUUGGGAACUCUUCUUGACAAGUGAUGCAAAUAUUGACAAGCAGCAAAAUGUUACCAGUGCUCCUGAUUAUGUGUCAAAGUACCAACGUUUUGGUUGGUUACUGUUUUUGGCGCUCCGCGUGCAUGCAUUCAGCCGUUUUAAAGACCUAGUGACUUGCACAAAUGGUUUUGUUUCUGUACUGGCUAUUCUGAUUAUACAUGUUCCUAUUCGAUUCAGAAACUUCAAGAUCAGUGAUUCUCCACGCUUUGUUAAGAAAGGUGACAAAGGUGUCGAUUUGUUUGCAUCACUUUGCAACAUGUAUGAUGCUUCAGAAGAUGAUUUGAGGAAAACAAUGGAGAUGACCAACAAGUUAAUAGAAGACAUAUUGAAAAAAAGGCCCUGUUCAGCAUCUGAGUGCAAAACUGAAACACUUGAAAAUAUUGAUACAGAUGGCUUAUUCUAUUUUGAAGGUUUAAUGGAGGAACGAUCUCUCUCAUCCAGUUUAAGUAUUUUAGAAAAGGAUUAUGAUGAUGCCAUUUAUAAUAAAGGUGAUCUGGACGAGAGGGUAUUUAUAAAUGAGGAAGAUAGUUUACUUGGUUUAGGGAGCUUGUCUGGAGGGGCUGUGAAUGUAACUGGCACCAAGAGGAAAUUUGAUUCAAUAGCUUCACCCUCAAAGACAAUCUCAAGCCCACUGUCUCCUCUUCGUUCUCCUGCAUCUCAUGCAAAUGGUGUCCUUGGUCCGCCUAAUGCAAAGAUGGCAGCUACACCCGUCAGCACUGCAAUGACAACUGCGAAGUGGCUUCGUACUGUUAUUUGUCCGCUUCCUUCAAAACCCUCAACAGAGUUGCAGAGUUUUCUAUCAUCCUGUGAUAAAGAUGUUACUAAUGAUGUGGUACGUAGGGCGCGUAUAAUAUUGGAGGCAAUAUUUCCAAGUAACCAUGAGCGUAGUGUAACUGGAAGCCUUCAAAGUGCAAACUUGAUGGACAAUAUAUGGAUGGAACAACGAAGACUGGAAGCACUUAAGUUGUACUAUAGGGUUUUGGAAGCUAUGUGUACUGCAGAAGCCCAAAUAUUACAUGCACCUAAUUUGACCUCUUUAUUAACUAAUGAGAGAUUUCACCGAUGUAUACUUGCUUGUUCUGCUGAACUAGUGCUAGCGACACAUAAGACUGCCACCAUGUUGUUUCCAACAGUUCUGGACAGAACUGGUAUUACAGCCUUUGAUCUUAGCAAGGUGAUAGAGAGUUUCAUUAGACAUGAGGAGUCUCUACCAAGAGAAUUGAGGCGGCAUCUGAAUUCUCUGGAAGAGAGACUUUUGGAGAGCAUGGUGUGGGAGAAAGGUUCCUCAAUGUACAAUUCUUUGAUAGUUGCAAGACCUGCUCUAUCUGCUGAAAUAAAUCGACUAGGCUUAUUGGCAGAACCAAUGCCAUCUUUGGACGCAAUUGCAAUGCAUAUCAACUUUUCUGGAGGUAUGCCUACAGUGGCUUCUUUGCAGAAGCAUGAAUCUUCAUCAGGUAAUGUCAGGAGCUCUAUCUUAGGUCAAAAUGGGGAUGUCAGGUCUCCCAAGAGACCAUGCACUGACUACAGGAGUGUUUUGGUUGAACGAAACACUUUUACAUCACCAGUGAAGGAUCGUCUAUUAGCUUUCAGCAACCUUAAGAAGGCUCCUUUGCAAUCUGCAUUUGCCAGUCCAACACGUCCUAACCCAGGUGGUGCAGGAGAAACAUGUGCAGAAACAGGGAUAAAUAUAUUUUUUAGCAAGAUCAAUAAGUUGGCUGCUGUCAGGAUUAAUGGUAUGGUUGAGAGACUACAACUGUCUCAACAGAUUAGGGAGAGUGUAUAUCGUCUUUUUCAACAAAUACUUAGCCAGCGGACAUCUCUGUUCUUUAACCGUCAUAUUGACCAGAUCAUCCUUUGUUGUUUCUAUGUAGUUUCAAAGAUUUCUCAGUUGCACCUGAGUUUUAAAGAAAUUAUUUGCAUCUAUAGGAAGCAACCGCAAUGUAAACCACAAGUUUUCUGCAGUGUAUUUCUUGACCCAUCAUCAGCACGAAGGAAUGGGAGAACAGGGCAGGAUCAUGUUGAUAUUAUUUCAUUUUACAAUGAAAUAUUUAUUCCUGCCGUAAAGCCUUUGCUAGUAGAACUUGGUCCUGCUGGAACAACUUCAAGAACGAGCCUUUCUCCUGAAGCCAACAACAAUAAUGAUGGUCCAUGCCCUGGAUCACCUAAAGUUGCUCCUUUUCCAUGUCUCCCUGAUAUGUCCCCAAAGAAAGUAUCUGCAACACACAAUGUAUAUGUGUCUCCAUUGCGUACAUCCAAGAUGGAUGCUCUAAUCUCUCAUAGCUCAAGAAGCUAUUAUGCUUGUGUUGGAGAGAGUACUCGUGCCUUUCAGAGCCCUUCAAAAGACCUAACUGCCAUCAACAAUCACUUGAAUGGUACCCGGAAGAUCAGAGGGGCACUCAACUUUGAUGAUGUUGAUGUUGGCUUGGUUAGUGAUUCUAUGGUUGCAAACAGCCUUUACCUUCAAAACGGGAGCUGUGCAUCCUCAUCCGCGGCACCUUUAAAAUCCGAACCACCAGAAUCUUAGUGCAGCUACAUGUAUUCCAUGUAAAUUCUGCCUCUCUUCCCUAAUCUUCUUACAUUCUACGGGUAUUGUAAGAGCCAUCUCUAUGUGAUUACCCCUAUGUGAUUACGAAUGUUAGAUACACUGCUUGAAGCCUGGCCUAACAAAAUGAAUAAAAUAUGCCUUGUUUUGCCUGUUUGUAGCAAAUCAUUUGUUGGAAUUACAGUGCUCAUUCAAGUAGUAAUCUUCUUGGCAUGUUUCAUGAGAUGUUUUAGAAGUCAACAUCUUGUUUAACAGUGUUUGAGGAUUCGAGUCCAGGCAUCAAUUGUUAUAUUUUUAAAAUCUUAAAUGGUAAACCCUAAACUCGAAUCAUAUUUAACAAGACCAUAAGGUUUUCUGACUUGAGAAACAUUGAGGAAUGUUGUAAUGCUCCCAUCAUGAAAAAGCCUGUGAAAAAAACCCACAACCCUUGAAUAUAGGGAGGUUGAUUUGGAUUUUGUCCAAGUAAAAAUUGAAGAAAAAAUUUUCGUUGGACAUCUUUAAAAUUUUUUCUAUUAAUAAAUUUGUUCACAGUUAUGCCUUGAA